AUGGAGGAGGAGUCGAUGUCCGGACACAGCUGUUCUGAGGACGAUAUCAGCGUUGGUCGGCCGUCGCCGGCGCCUUCCCGGUCACCGUCGCCACAGGACUAUUUUAGACCACUAAAACGACUGAAGAUGGCUUCCGAACCGAUGGAGGAACGUCGCGGAGAAGGUGUAAAGAGUUUCUCGAUAUUGGACAUUUUGUCGCAUAGUCCGCGCACUCCUCCUCGUAUAGUGCGGCCUUGGGAUGCUUCAGGGUUUGAGAGAUUGCAGCGGUUGCAGCGCUUGGCCGGUGCUGCUUUGUUAGAUGGUGAGCGCUGGAGGUUAGCGGCUUUGGGACUCUUAAGGCCAAGAGAAAUGGCGCCAGCGGAAUGCUGUGAUUCUGUAUCAGAAAGGUCAUCAUCUGCUUCCGAUUGCUGUUCAGAACCUAGACGAGCGCCGCAAGGGCCUAAUGCUCCUCAUACGCCCUUAGAUGCACUAUUCCAUAUGACCAGUAAAACUUUCGAAGCAAAUAAUGCUGACAGUGGAGGCAUUAGAAGGCAUUAUAAUUUUGCAAGU